AUGAGACAAGGGGAUGGGUUUGCUGAACUUAAGGGAAUGCUGGACAGCAACAACAGAAUGCUGCAACAACUAAUUGGGUCCACCGAAAAAAUGAAAGACAGAGUGGACUCACAUGAAUCAACGAUAAAGGAGAGCACAAGCAAAGAAAGAAAGGUUGCGAAGGAGACUGAGGUAGCACAAGAAACGACAGUAGAAGCAGUGCCUGAGCAAGAUAAAAUUCAAUUAACAGGAAAGAAGCGACCUCCAGAACCAUUCCCGCAGAGAUUGGCAAAAUAUCAUAAGGACGAGCAAUAUAAGAAAUUCAUGGAGAUGUUGAAACAAAUACAAGUGAACAUUCCACUGAUUGAUGUGUUGCGAGAGAUGCCUGGGUAUGCCAAAAUGAUGAAAGAUUUAAUGUCUCGAAAAUUCGACUUCCAUGACCUGUCCACUGUUACAUUGACACAGACCUGGGAAAACAUAAACUUGAUGCCAUUGGCUAUCUACAAAAGGUUAGGCAUAGGAAGAGCUAGACCCAUGCCCAUGUUACUACAACUAGCCGACCGGAUAGUGAAGAGGCCCUCUGGUAUCCUUGAUGAUGUAUUAGUCUAG